GUUCUUCCGUUCUCCAUCGUCGCACAUCGACGAAGCUGGCGUCGGUGAUUGGGGUGAGCGAGUGGGAGUGAGAGAGAGAGAGAGAGAGAGAUCAGUGAGAGCGGUACGAAGCGAUCCGACCCUUCGCCUUGGCGCUCUCCCCCGCCCUUUGUGGCUGGACGAUGGAGUACAGAAGAAUCAAGGAUCAGGAAAAUUAUGGUGAGAAAUCGCAAACUGAUGUGGAGAAUCAACAUGGGAAGCCUUUUUCUGUUGGUGCUGCUGAUAGCGUGCCUAGCUCCGGAGUUAGCUCGACCAACAAAUCCAAUUGGAAGCUCAAGUCGGUCGUCACUAUCGCUUUGACAUUACUUACAAGCUCACAAGCAAUACUCAUUGUGUGGUCCAAAAGAGCUGGGAAAUAUGAUUACAGUGUAACAACAGCCAACUUCUCGGUGGAGGCUUUAAAAUGCACACUGUCACUUGCAGCACUGGUUAGAAUAUGGAAAAGUCAUGGUGUUACAGCGGAUAAUACGUUAAGUACAUCUUUUGAAGAAGUUAAUGUUUAUCCUAUCCCUGCAAUACUCUACCUUAUUAAGAAUUUACUACAGUAUUACAUCUUCGCAUAUGUGGAUGCCCCUGCGUACCAGAUAUUGAAGAACCUGAAUAUCAUCAGCACUGGUGUAUUGUAUCGCAUCAUUCUAAAGAAGAAGUUAAGUGAAAUUCAGUGGGCAGCUUUUAUUCUCUUAUGUGCAGGAUGCACGACAGCACAACUAAACUCUACUUCUGAUCGUGUUCUUCAAACUCCAUUUCAAGGUUGGGUAAUGGCUAUUGUCAUGGCACUUUUAAGUGGCUUUGCUGGGGUGUACACAGAGGCUAUUAUCAAGAAGCGUCCUUCGAGAAAUAUUAAUGUGCAGAACUUCUGGUUGUACGUCUUUGGAAUGAUUUUUAAUCUAGUUGCAAUCUGCAUUCAGGACUAUGAUGAAGUCAUGAACAAAGGUUUCUUUCAUGGAUAUUCCUUUAUCACAGUCUGCAUGGUUCUUAAUCAUGCACUCAGUGGUAUUGCUGUUUCAAUGGUGAUGAAAUAUGCUGAUAACAUCGUGAAGGUGUAUUCAACUUCAGUGGCAAUGCUUCUAACAGCGGUUUUAUCGGUGUUUCUUUUUAGCUUCCAUCUAUCGCUCGCCUUCUUUCUCGGGUCCACGGUCGUUUCUGUCUCUGUGUACUUGCACUCGAUUGGGAAACCGCAACCACAAAAAUGAGUUGUUCUUGGUUUGGAGCUCAGAAGUCAACCAGAAUAGAUUGCCUCAUCCCACACAUUUUUGUUCCAUCAAACACAACCAUACAUACGUCUUUCUGGAUGCCUCAUUCUAGUGAAAACACCUACAAUCAUCUUGAUCAACUCUGCACCUGAAGUUUGAAUUGGCUACAGAGGGGUAUUAAGGAAGACUUCUUGCUCCAAGUCUUGGAAGUGAAGAUUGCUGAUGCAGUAGGGUCACUUGAUAUUGUACUCGGGACAUCUUGAUCUACAACCGAUGUAUUUUUUUUGCAGGUAACAAAGACAUGUUAUGCCUCCAAGAUUGUUAACAGAGUGCUUAUAUAGCCCUGUAUAUGGAUUUAUGGUACGCUAUGCGGUGUGCAAAAUGUCAGGAUGAA